AUGGCGCCUCCCGAGAUCCCCAUCAUCGACUUUUCAGGGUUCUACUCCGAAGACCCAGCCGAGAAGCAGAAAGUUGUGGACCAGGUCCGUGAAAGUUGUCUGUACAAUGGUUUCUUCCAGAUAAUUGGACACUCCGUACCCCUGCAGCAGCAAAGCGCCGUCAUGCAGAGUGCCAAGAAGUUCUUUGCUCUACCUGAUGAGGAGAAGCAAAAAGUGGCCAAGGAAAACAACACCUGGAACCGCGGCUACGAAAUGUUAAGGUCUCAGAUUCUCGAGGAGGGCACGCAGCCAGAGCUCAAAGAAGGCUUCUAUAUCGGCGCUGAAAUCCCCGAAACUCAUCCCUACUUCAUCAACAAGAAGUUGAACAGCGGACCCAACCAGUGGCCGGAAGGCUUGGGCAGUGACCUGGAGAGCUUCAGAACGGCAUCAAUGAACUAUUACUCUUCGGCUCUAUCUCUGGCUUCGGACUUGAUGAAGGUACUUGCUCUCUCGUUGGACUUGCAAGAGAGCUACUUCAACAAGUUCAUGGAUGGCGCUGUGGCUACUAUGAGAUUGCUGCACUACCCUUCCCAGCCCAAAGACGCGGACGAAAAGCUCACCCGCGGCAUUGGAGCACACACGGACUUUGGUGCAAUAACAAUGCUCCUUCAGGACGAGGUAGACGGCCUCCAAGUCUGGGAUCAGAAGAACGAGGCUUGGAUUGAUGUUCAACCCACCAAAGGUGCUUUCGUUGUGAACCUGGGCAACCUCAUGGCUCGCUGGACCAACGAGAAAUACAAGAGCAACAUCCAUCGAGUUAUCAACAAGUCAGGAAAAGAGCGCUACUCCAUCCCUGUCUUUAUCUCUGGCAACCCUGAUUACUUAGUUGAGUGCAUCCCCACUUGCAAAUCCGCCACUCAACCCGCCAAAUUUGGGCCUGUUACCGUCGAGCAGGCUGUCUCGGCGUCCUACGCGGAGUCUUAUGGAAGAGCCCAGUUGUAUAAGCAGGGCUUGGAAAAGGCCACAGCCAAUAAGCUGCAAACACAGCAACCGUCUCAGCCGGCUCAGAUUGCUGUAGCGUAA